UGGCCCUCUUGGCUUUCCAUACUGUUUACAUCCAGUAGAGCCAAUAUGGCAUCAGGCGACUAGACAGCAGGGUACAUGCACUUUUUAAGCACAUAAUUUUAACAGAUUUGCACACACACACUUAUUUAGAGAUACAUUUCGAAAUGAUGUCCAGCUGCUGAGAGAGCCAUGACGGAGGUGGAGGAGCUGCGGCCGGUUCCCAGGGAGAGAGCCAUCCUGGAGAGCUUCUUCACGCAGCUCGGCAUGUUUUCUUUCGACCGGGCCAAGGACUAUGUGGAGAAGGAGAAGGACAACAGCCGGAGUGCAGGAGCCAUCUGGGCUGCACUGCUGGCUGCACUGGCUCACCUGGCUGCAGCAGAGAAAGCCUACCAUAACAUGACCUUCCUGGGACAGAAGAUGGACUUUAUAACUGUGGACUCUCAGAGACUCACUGUGAAGUUUUGGCCUCAGCUCUGAAGUCCAACCCUCAUCUGACAGAACUGGACCUGAGCUGGAACUUCCUGUCUGAUUCAUCAGUGAAGCGUCUGUCUGCUG